AUGGCAGAAGAAAAGCAGACUCCGCCGACAAAUGGCUCGACAGAUCAAUUACAUCCUCCAAACGAACAGAACAAUAUCACGAAUGGAGAUGCUGAAAAACAAGACGAUGGCCACCAUCACAGAGUCAGCGCCGCAAAGGAAAAGCUGAGCAAGAAAGAGCAGAAGCUGAAGAUGAAGAAUAACCCACCCGGUGGUUACGAUAAAACUCCGAUCCCUCCAGCUCGCGACGGGUACACCAUCAAAUUUACUUUCCAUCGCGCAGAGAAUCUGCCGGUCGCGGAUCUGAACUCGAGAAGUAGCGAUCCAUACAUUCAUGCGACAUUAACGUCGGCGCUGCACAAGAGACACAAGGAAGACCCGGAUCUGAUUCUGCGGACGCCGACGGUACAUAAGAAUACGGAUCCGGUGUGGAAUACGCAGUGGACGGUGGCUGGUAUCCCAAGUACGGGGUUCCGCUUGAAGUGUAGGAUAUACGAUGAGGACCCCUCGGAUCACGAUGAUCGUUUGGGAAAUGUCACGCUUUCUGUGAACCAUAUUGGACCGGAUUGGCCUGGGAUUAAGGAGGAUCAUUUUGAGGUUAAGAAGAGGAUGGGGAGUAAACGAGCGUAUUCGAUUAGGGCUUGCGCUGUGUUGUUGAGUAGUGUGAAUAUGGAGGGGAGUUUGUAUUUGAGCGCGGAGCUGAUAGGAGAGUCGGAACCUCCGCAUGGAAGGAUGUAUACGGUUGCUGAGACUUCUUGGGUUAAGCAUUAUUCUCCGAUGAUUGGGAGACUGGCUGGGACCAAGGCUCCUGGGAGUAGUGAGGGUGGGAAGGAUGGGAAGACUGAGAAAUAUGAUUUUCAAGCGAAUCAAUUUCAACUGCAAGGCCCAGUACCGCCCGAACUAUAUCAUCGCUUCGUAGAAUUCAAACCCUUCGUCAAAGGCAUGUUUUCGAAAGCUGGUCUCCGAGGACGAGUUCUGAACCGCGCUCUCCACCAUCAACACGCCUCCGUAUACAACUUCAGCAACACCACCGAAUACGGCAUUGUCAAACCGCGCUCUGAAGAAGCAUCCGCGCAAUUCCUGAAAAUGGUCCACUACGACGAGGGGGGUCGCAUCUUCACCUACGUAAUCACCCUUGACGGGCUCUUCCGCUUCACGGAAACAGGCAAGGAAUUCGGCAUUGACAUGUUAUCCAAACACACCAUGCACAGCGACGUAAACGUCUAUAUCGCCUGCUCGGGCGAAUUCUUCAUCCGCAGACUCAAACACCCCAAAAGAUCCGCGGAAUCCCCCUCCCAGGAAACACAUCCAGACGCCGAUCUCCCUGGUGGCCCCCCAGAUGAACCACCGCCCAAAGACCCAAAAUACUACGAACUCGUCAUCGACAACGACUCCGGCACCUACCGACCCGACGGCUCCCUCCUCCCCUUACUCAAGAAAUUCCUGAAAGCGAAUUUUCCCGGCCUGCAUAUCGUGACGCGGGAGUGUACGGAUGAGAAACUCACGAAGAUGAAGGAAGCGCAGAGGGAGAGGAAGAAGAAAGAGGGGAAGACGCUACUGCUUGUGCAGAAUAGCGAUGAUGAGAUUAGUAGCAGUGAUGAGGAGCGGUUGGACAAGCAUGAGAAGAAAUCCAGGAAGGAGAGGGCGUUGGGGGUGUUGGAGAAUCCUAAGGGUGCGGUUAAAGAAAUCUUGCCGGGAAGUGGGAAGAGGGAGAGGGAGGAGAGGGAGACGGAGGGGGAUGCUGUUGAGAGGGGGGAAGGAAGUGCUUCAUAG